AUGGAAGUGGAGGAUGCCUUAUCGGCUAAGUUCAGGGUCCUAAUUCAAGGGCUCAUGGUGACAACGACCUCAGAGAUAGUCAAAAUAUUCAGCAAAGUGCUGCUGGAGACCAGAAUGGAGAUCACCCAGAGCUGGAGGGAGAUCGACUUGUUGAAGCAGCAGUUGGAGGAAUGUGAGCAGCAAAAGACAGAAGCCAUCAUUAGGGCCCAGAGGAGCGAAUUCAAAGAGAAGAUGAAGAGGGGCUUAAAAAAAGAGCAGAGAAUGUCUCAGAAACCAGAGGUGACACAGUCAGGCACACCAGCAAAGACCAUAUCACAGACCACAUCUAAAAUCAUUGAAAAUGGACCAUCUACAAGUGUGGACAUAUUAACAAAAACCCCAAAAUCAGAGGUGAUGAAAAAAAGGAUAAUCAAAACGCCAAAGUACGCUAAUGAUGUAAGUGUUGCUCGUGGUCUUCGAGACCGACAGCAGCUCAGCAUGCAGAGGCACUGUCUGUGUUGUUCAUCGGAUGAAUGCGACCUCCAGUCUAGCCCCUCCAGAGCCCUGCACCAGGUCCCUAGUGUGUAUAUCUGUCGUAAAUGUGAGAGGAGGUUUAAAACGGACCUCCAGUUCAAGAGUCACAAUUGCCCAAUGCCUAAGAAUUGCAACAGGUGUGGGCAGCUGUUCACUACUCUUCAGGGGAUCACCGCACACAGUCAGGAAGUUCAACCUCAGUUCAGCUGCACGUGUGAGCAAAGGUUUGCCACUCAGUGUGCUUUUCCAUGCAUAAAACGGAUCCACACAAACUUUAUUGUUCCCAAGGAUAUUAAGGCUAAAAGGUUCGAGGUUCGUCUCCAAAGAAUCUCAGACUCCCAGCUGGAGGCUGCUUUGUCCUCCAAAAGUUCUCUCUUGAAUAAUAACUCUUCAAAACAGGAUAUUUUGAGCGAACUGCAUAAUAUGGCUACAGCAGAUACAAGUCCUGGAUCUGCAAGCAAACACAGUGCAGUGAACGUACCUGAGACCAGCGAGACACAACUAUCAUCCCAAAGUGCAGUAGCAGAAAGCCUGGACUCAAGGCCAGGAACCCUUUCGGAGUCCAGUGUUGGACAGUCAAGUGUCAGGAAGGUCUAUGCUGUCAUGUCCACCGCCUCAUGCCAAAUUCAGAUUAGUGAGGAUGCAAAUGGAUCAGAGGCACCCGCUGUGAAUGAAACUGAAAAAGUAACCGAUGACGGAAAACAUGCCAGUUCAAGUGAUGAGUCAGGACUCCGUUCUCCUCCAAGAAAGCGGAAGAUGUCAGACUGUUCUCAUGAUGCAUACAAUGGCGUGUUUCCUGUUGAAAAUAUUCUGAGAAGAAGAAACAAUAAGGGAAGAAAUGAAGUUCGGGUCAAGUGGAUGCCUUGCACAUUGUGUGGUGCAAAGUUUCAGAACACGUGGGAACCAGCAGAAAGCUUUCCAGGCUAUUUGGAUGACAAGAACGAAGAGCCGAAGAAAACGUAGAAAAGACAAAAAUGAUAUUAUGUUGACUAUGCUUUUAAGACAUUCUCUGUUUACACAAUAAGAAUGUAUGCUUUGCAAUGCAGUUAAUUUAAAACGAUUUUUUUUUUUCUAACCAUUCCAUUUUUCCUGUAAUAUACUUUGGUUGGUUUUUAACCGGUUCCUUACAGCUACCGUAGAUAGAUGCAUUCUUGUUAAAUAGGUGAUGUUGCAUUUUAAUACAUAAUUUUAAGCAUCAGAGAUGGAAAUCUUAGUUAUAGCUUGUCUUAUUGUGAUCAGCAAAUAAUUAUUAUUAAUGUGUUACUUUAGAUAUUUAGUAUUUCAAUGGAUGCCUCCUAUUUACCUUUAUGCAAUCUUUUAAUUUUUUUAUUUUCAUUUGUUUUUUUG